CGCAGACCCGGCACCUGAGGCAACCUCAACGGGCGACCGCGGAGCUCGUAACUGGACGCGAUGGGGCUUCCCGAGGAGCGGCGUCAGAGCGGCGACGGGAGCCGAGGCCGGGGGGAACCCGGAGCCCAGGGCCGCAUGCGGAGCUGGUCCCCGCCGGCGGAGGUCAGCCGCUCGGCGCACGUUCCCUCUCUGCAGCGCUACCGCGAGCUGCACCGGCGUUCUGUGGAGGAGCCACGGGAGUUUUGGGGAAACAUUGCCAAAGAAUUUUACUGGAAGACCCCAUGCCCUGGCCCAUUCCUCCAGUACAACUUUGAUGUGACUAAAGGGAAAAUCUUCACUGAAUGGAUGAAAGGAGCCACUACCAACAUCUGCUACAAUGUGCUGGAUCGAAAUGUCCAUGAGAAAAAACUUGGAGAUAAAGUUGCUUUUUACUGGGAGGGCAAUGAGCCAGGGGAGACCACCAAGAUCACAUACCAUGAGCUUCUGGUCCAAGUGUGUCAGUUCAGCAAUGUUCUCCGUAAACAGGGCAUUCAGAAGGGUGACCGAGUGGCCAUCUACAUGCCCAUGAUCUUGGAACUUGUGGUGGCCAUGCUGGCAUGUGCUCGCCUUGGGGCUUUGCAUUCCAUUGUGUUUGCAGGCUUCUCUGCAGAGUCUCUCUGUGAAAGGAUCUUGGAUUCCAGUUGCAGUGUUCUCAUCACUACAGAUGCCUUCUACAGGGGGGAAAAGCUUGUGAACCUGAAGGAGCUGGCUGAUGAGUCCUUGGAGAAAUGUCGAGAGAAGGGUUUCCCAGUGAGAUGCUGCAUUGUGGUCAGACACCUAGGGCGGGCAGAGCUGGGCAUGAGUGACUCCCCCAGCCAGUCUCCCCCAAUUAAGAGAACAUUUCCAGAUGUCCAGAUCUCCUGGAAUGAAGGGGUUGACUUGUGGUGGCAUGAGCUCAUGCAAGAGGCAGGGGAUGAGUGUGAGCCUGAGUGGUGUGAUGCCGAGGAUCCGCUCUUCAUCCUGUAUACCAGUGGCUCAACAGGCAAACCCAAGGGUGUGGUGCACACGAUUGGGGGCUACAUGCUCUAUGUGGCUACAACCUUCAAGUACGUGUUUGACUUCCACCCAGAAGAUGUGUUCUGGUGCACAGCAGACAUUGGCUGGAUCACUGGUCAUUCCUAUGUCACCUAUGGGCCACUGGCAAAUGGUGCCACCAGUGUUUUGUUUGAGGGGAUCCCCACAUACCCAGAUGUGAGCCGCUUUUGGAGCAUUGUGGAAAAAUACAAGGUGACCAAGUUCUACACAGCACCCACAGCAAUCCGUAUGCUGAUGAAGUUUGGAGAUGAACCUGUCACCAAGCAUAGCCGGGCAUCCUUGCAGGUACUAGGCACAGUGGGUGAACCCAUCAACCCUGAAGCCUGGCUGUGGUACCACCGGGUGGUAGGUGCCCAGCGCUGCCCCAUCGUAGAUACCUUCUGGCAAACAGAGACAGGUGGCCACAUGCUGACCCCUCUCCCUGGUGCCACAUCCAUGAAACCUGGUUCUGCUUCCUUCCCAUUCUUUGGCGUAGUUCCUGCAAUCCUGAAUGAGUCUGGGGAAGAGCUGGAAGGUGAAGCUGAAGGUUAUCUGGUGUUCAAGCAGCCCUGGCCAGGGAUCAUGCGCACAGUUUAUGGGAACCACACACGCUUUGAGACCACCUACUUUAAGAAGUUCCCUGGCUACUAUGUGACAGGAGAUGGCUGCCGGCGGGACCAGGAUGGCUAUUACUGGAUCACUGGCAGGAUUGAUGACAUGCUCAAUGUAUCUGGGCAUCUUCUGAGUACAGCAGAGGUGGAAUCAGCACUUGUGGAACAUGAGGCUGUUGCAGAGGCAGCUGUGGUGGGCCACCCUCAUCCUGUAAAAGGCGAAUGCCUCUACUGCUUUGUCACCCUGUGUGAUGGCCACACCUUCAGCCCUACUCUCACUGAGGAACUCAAGAAGCACAUUAGAGAAAAGAUUGGCCCCAUUGCUACUCCAGACUACAUCCAGAAUGCACCAGGCUUGCCUAAAACCCGCUCAGGGAAAAUCAUGAGGCGAGUGCUCCGGAAAAUUGCUCAGAAUGACCAUGACAUGGGGGACACAUCUACAGUGGCUGACCCAUCAGUCAUCAAUCAUCUCUUCAGCCACCGCUGCCUGACCACUCAGUGAACAAGACUGUCCAUUGUCCAGGAUUUUCACCUGCUUGGUUCUCCAAAUUUCUGCCCACCUGUCCAGGAGUGUGAAGGGCCAGGGCAGGCCAACACUGACUCGAGAAGAGUUUCCUGUGACUGCCAAGCAGAAGGCACAAAGCCCAAGUCAACCUCAGAUUGGUAUGCUCCUAGACUGCAAAGAGCUCUCUCUCCAAGCCAGAACAGAGACCUGAAGACCAUGUCUUCAACCCAAGUUAGCUGUUCAAAGAACAAGUGGGCCUAGACUGGAGCAGGGUAGUAACUCUCGAAUCCUGUCAGCUCUCAGGAAGCACCAGGUCUUAACUUGGGCCUGCACUAGCCUUAGAAAUGGCAGUUUGUGAGUCUAGGGAGAAUUAUUUUUAAAACUACUUUGUUGAUUCUGUUGAGUCUGAAUUCUCUGCCAGACGGCAGCAUUGUCUACCGGUUUGCUUCAGGGACUAUGCAUGUGGGUUCCAAAGGAUUUUCACAUCCGCUUCACUGAAGGAAAUAAGAUAUGCUCUGUUCCCAGAGCCAGGGGAGUUUACCUUCCUUGUCCUGCCCCCAUGUCCCAUGAACAGAACCCUGCCUAUGAGACACUCUGAAAUGAGUAUCUUUUCUUGUACUAGUUGUGAUCAGGACCCAUGGUUGUAGGAAUAAAGUCUAUGACCUCAAGAAGA